UGCUUGCUGUGUCCUCCUAGGAUGGUGCCCGGCUGGAGCCCUGGACAGUGGGAUGCUCUACCCACGGGAGUCAUCCUCCAGGGAGCUGAAGGAUCUCAGCGGCCUCUGGAGCUUCAGGGCAGACUGGUCUGAGCAAAGGGAUGCAGGAUUUCUGGAACAGUGGUACAGACGGCCACUUCGGCAGACGGGGCCAGUGAUGGACAUGCCAGUCCCCGCCAGCUUCAAUGACAUAACUCAAAAUCCAAAGUUGCGGAGUUUUAUUGGCUGGGUGUGGUACGAGAAGGAGGUGCUUCCACCGGCUCGCUGGCUCUUGAGAGAUCCUGGGACUCGUAUUGUACUUCGAAUUGGAAGUGCACACUAUUACUCUGUUGUGUGGGUGAAUGGAGUGGAAGUCACUAAGCAUGAAGGAGGACACCUCCCUUUUGAAGUGGAGAUCAGUGAAAUCUUGUAUAGGAGCCCCAAAGAGUCCUGCCGCAUCACCAUUGCAAUCAAUAAUACUCUGACACCGCACACACUGCCUCCAGGAACAAUUCAGUAUAUGAACGAUGAGUCCAUGUAUCCGAAGGGCUACUUUGUUCAAAACACAAGAUUUGAUUUCUUCAACUAUGCUGGAAUUCACCGACCGGUCUUGCUCUACACCACACCCUUGGCCUACAUUGAUGAUAUCACAGUAACCACAGCCUUGAAGGGAAAAGUUGGCCUGGUUCGUUAUUUGGUGUCUGUACGAGGAAGUUCAAACUACUUUUUAUCCCUGACUUUGUAUGACAGUGAUCAGGUUGCUGUAGCAACAGGAAAUGGGUCAGCUGGUGAACUGAAAGUGAUGGAUCCUCUUCUCUGGUGGCCCUACUUGAUGAACGAACGUCCUGCAUACCUCUACUCCUUGAAGAUCACACUCACUGCCGUUGUGGAUGGCUCCAUCUCUGAAGACACCUAUGUGCAACCAGUUGGUAUCCGAACCAUCUUUGUUACGCGCAACCAGUUUCUUAUUAAUGGGAAACCAUUCUAUUUUCACGGGGUCAACAAACAUGAAGAUGCUGAUAUCCGUGGCAAAGGCCUAGACUGGCCUUUGAUCAUGAAGGAUUUCAACCUUUUGCGCUGGCUAGGAGCCAAUUCCUUUCGCACCAGCCAUUAUCCGUAUGCUGAGGAGAUCAUGGAGCUUUGUGAUGCUUAUGGCAUUGUUGUGAUUGAUGAAAGCCCAGGAGUGGGCAUGCAUGACAGUCUGAACUUUGGGAACCAGUCUCUGCAACACCAUCUUGUUGUGAUGGAAGAACUGAUCCGGCGGGACAAAAACCGACCCUCAGUUGUAAUGUGGUCAGUGGCCAAUGAGCCAUCCUCAGAGUUGCCUGUGGCUGCUUACUACUUCAAGACAGUGAUAGCCCACACCAAAGCUUUGGACCCCACCCGGCCUGUGACAUAUGUCUCAAAUGCUAAUUACCUCCGAGAUCAGGGGGCACCUUAUGUGGAUGUCAUCUGUGUGAAUAGCUACUUCUCCUGGUACCACGAUGCAGGACAUCUGGAAGUGAUCCAGCUGCAGCUGAAGACACAAUUUGAGCAUUGGUACUCUACCUAUCAAAAGCCCAUCAUUCAGAGUGAAUAUGGAGCAGACACCAUCAGUGGCUUUCAUGCUGAUCCCCCUCUCAUGUUCUCUGAGGAAUAUCAGACAGCUGUGCUCAAGGAAUAUCAUACUGUCUUAGACCAAAAGAGGGAGGAAUAUGUGAUUGGAGAACUCAUCUGGAAUUUUGCCGAUUUUAUGACAGAACAAGGGGUGACACGCGUCAUGGGUAACAAGAAAGGGAUUUUCACUCGCCAAAGGCAGCCAAAAGCUGCUGCCUUCCUUUUGAAAGAUAGAUACUGGACGCUUGCCAAUGAAUCCAAAUCUCUGACGCCACCAGCCGCGUGCAGUGCCUGCUUGCCCUAAGCACACUUCUCCACGUUUGCUCAACUCUCAUUUAAGGUAUUACAAGAAGUUCAUGUUGCAGAUGCUCUAUGGAAAGAACAUUCAAAUACAGGUAACUUUUCUAUGACUGGAUGUCAAAGAACAAAUGUACUUAGAUCAUGAAAUCUAAUCAACGAAGCCACCAGCAGGACUGGUGACAAAAUUUGGCAAUACUGUUUAUUCUAUUCUUAAAAGGAGUCAGAGAAAAAGAUACUGUGUAGACAUGUUUCUCCGAUUUUGAAAAACACUUGCACAUUUCUAAGGGUCAAAACGUUUCUUAGCCUGAUUAAAGUGUUUUACAAUCUUUUGAUCCCUUCUU